ACACUAGUAUUCGGAAGUCAUCGGUACUCAAAGCACGUGGAUAGUCAUAGAACUUUCAAAAUGACUAAUGUUGGCAAAUCUAGCCUUUCUAAGAAUGUUUUGCAAAUGAAGUUUAUGCAAAGAAGUGCUCUGCAGAUCGUUAAAGAAAAAUGUGAAGAAGAGAAACAGAGAGUGAUAGAUGAUGAACACUGGGUUCUAGAUUUGCCUGAAACAAAACAAAAGGAAAGUAAAUAUAUUAUUGAAACAAGCAUUGCUCGUGUUGAAGAAUUGCAGUAUGGGAGAUUUUCUUAUAACGGCUGUAACCCAGAGGUUGAGAGGUUGAUGAAAAUGUACAGUACAGAAAAAGAACUGGAGGAGUCUGAAGCCAGAGAGGAGCAGAACUCAGUCAAUGACCAGGAAAUGGCUCAGAGGUAUAAGUCUCUAUCUGAGACAAUUGCGAAAAAGUUCACCAAAAAGAGGAAACGAGCAGAGGUCGAUGAGUCGUUAAAUAAAGAAAUUCCUAGCAUUAGCGUUGAAGAGGAAACAUCAAAGGGUAAAAAAAAGAAGGCCUCCAAAAAGAAAUUCCUGAAGCCAAAAGAUGAAUGAACAUUGGAGCUAAUUAUAACAAUGGCUACAAAUCCAUGCUCAAAAUAGAUACCAGGAGCAGAUACAAGGGGCCCAUGUACAGUGUAUUUCAAAUUAGUGAUUUAGAUGAAAUUAGGAUCACUAUUAGUGGUUUAGAUGAAAUUAGGAUCACUAUUUUCAACAAGGACUGUGACUGCUCCAACACAAAGGUAAAGAUUGGUGGUGUGUGAUCAUUUCUUAAUGCAUACACAAUUCCAAAAGCAUCAUGCAUUGUAUGCUAUCCACAAAUGAUGUGAUACAAUUUUAACACCAAGUCUAGAUGAAAUUUUUCUUGUGAGAUUUUAAAUAAAUGAACUUUGUUGUUUUAAUCACCCUUCUCUAAACAAGGAUGAUCCGCUCAAUGUUUUAUCUUACAAAGUGAGACAAAGAGUGAAAUGCUACCCUUGACUAGUGAAGAUUUUUAUAUUUCCAAAAAUUAUUUUACAUAGCUUUUAUGUAAAUGAAAUAUACCAUAUAUGAUAUGUAGGGGCAUGUACAUUUAUUUAUUUUAAAAAGAAUGGAAUGUGUACGUGAAUUUAUGUAUAAAAUUAUUCUGACAUGUAUGAAAUUGUAACUUGUACUAUAUUCUAUAUAUAUUCAUGAUGUGUAUAUAUCUUGUAAUAUAUGUCUAAAUAUUGUUAAGUUUUAAUUAAAAAAAUUUUAAAAUGCU